AUGGACACCGAUGAUGGUGAAUCCUCCAGCAGCGGGCCCAUGUCCAGCCUGAAUAGCUUGUUUUCCUUUACAAGCCCUGCUGUUAAAAAGUUGCUUGGUUGGAAGCAGGGGGAUGAAGAAGAAAAAUGGGCUGAAAAGGCGGUGGAUAGCCUGGUGAAAAAGUUGAAGAAGAGAAAGGGUGCUAUCGAGGAGUUGGAACGUGCUCUCUCUUGUCCCGGCACGCCUUCGAAGUGUGUUACGAUACCGCGGUCAUUGGAUGGACGAUUGCAGGUAUCCCAUCGAAAAGGUCUGCCGCACGUGAUAUACUGUCGAGUAUGGCGGUGGCCUGACCUACAAAGCCAUCACGAGUUGAAACCAUUGGAGAUAUGUCAGUAUCCCUUCAGUGCCAAACAAAAGGAGGUGUGCAUCAAUCCCUACCACUAUAAGCGUGUGGAAAGUCCCGUCUUACCACCAGUACUGGUGCCUCGACAUUCGGAGUUCGCUCCAGGCCAUUCCUUAUUGCCCUUCCAAAGGACUACAGAGCCAGCUAUGCCUCACAAUGUAUCCUAUUCAGGGUCUGGAUUUCCACCUUCAGCUACUUCAGAGUUACCAGACACUCCACCACCGGCAUAUUCCCCUCCGUCUGAUGAUGCAGAGCCUCCUGGUGAGGUGGCACCAGUAUCGUACCAAGAACCGCUAUAUUGGGCGUCUGUAGCAUACUAUGAACUAAACUGUCGCGUUGGUGAGGUUUUCCAUUGCAACUCCCAUUCAGUAGUCGUAGACGGUUUUACAGAUCCAUCGAAUAAUAGCGAUCGUUUCUGCUUAGGACAACUCAGCAAUGUCAACCGGAAUUCCACAAUUGAAAAUACUAGACGUCACAUAGGAAAGGGCGUCCAUUUGUAUUAUGUGGGUGGGGAGGUUUAUGCCGAGUGUCUAUCAGAUGCGGCCAUUUUCGUGCAAAGUCGCAAUUGCAAUCAUCACCACGGUUUCCAUCCGUCUACCGUUUGCAAAAUACCGCCGGGGUGCUCCUUGAAAAUCUUCAACAACCGCGAAUUCGCUCAACUACUUUCCCAAAGUGUGAACCAUGGCUUUGAAGCGGUUUAUGAAUUGACGAAGAUGUGCACGAUACGAAUGUCCUUCGUGAAGGGAUGGGGAGCGGAGUACCAUAGACAAGAUGUGACGUCAACCCCAUGUUGGAUCGAAAUACAUUUGCAUGGGCCCCUACAAUGGCUAGAUAAAGUGUUAACACAAAUGGGAUCCCCCCAUAAUGCUAUAUCGUCGGUUUCU